CUUAAGUGCUAAUGUUCAUUUACAUGUCCAUUGCAUUGAUUGGACGUUCAACUUUAUAUAAGGGGAAAGCAUACAAAAUCACUGUCUGUAUGCUGUAUUCUUAGAUCUUCGUCUACAUCAUUGUAGACAUUGAACAUACCUUCCAGCUGAAUGAUAUUAUACAUCCAAACUCGCAAUGAUCCCACCAGUUAUCAUUUGGCUUUUACUGUCCCUUCCUUCUCCAACAAGCCCAGCAUGUUUUCUGGGCAAAGCAGCUGACUGUAAAGAAGCUGAUUAUGCACCGGGGUCUGACUUGGCUGGGGAGGGCUACGACAUCACUAAGAUGCAACGCCUUGGGACUUUUGUCAUUGACAUGAGCAAAUGGGAGCUCGAGAACAACACGUGUAACCUUUGCAAAAACCCAUUUAUGCAGGGCAAAAAGCAGAAGCUUCCAAAGGCGGUGGUAGAUUGGCGGGCUGCUCAUAAAUGCAGGUCUUCAUUGUCCAGCUCUGUUUUUGAGUCUAGUGAAUCCCUAGUAAGUUCCAGUGCCUCCUCUGUAGAGAACAACUGGAAGGUUGGCCUGGGAAUCGGUAAUUUGGUAGCAAAGGCAUCGGUGAUGUUGGCUGGCACUAACUCCAGACUUGCUGAAUACUCCAUGGCAAAAACCAAGAAGGACAAAUUCAGCUUUAUUAAACAAUCGGUGUCCUGUAAAUACUACAGUUACAGGCUCUGCAGCAUGAUCCCUAUUCAUCCUGAACUGAAUCAUGAAUUUACAAAACUUCCAGAGAUUUACGACAACCAAACGAAAGAAAGCUACUUGUCACUUGUGGAAAAGUUUGGCACUCAUUACAUCACAAAGGUGAAACUGGGUGGAUCUGUGGGAUCUGUCACCAGUGUCAAAGAAUGCAUGGCCAGUCUGCAGGACCUUAGUUCAGAUGAGAUUAAAACAUGUUUGGAUGUAGAAGCAUCUGCAAGUUUCAGGAAUAUCAAAGUAGACACAGCAUACCGUCACUGCAAGCAGGCCAAAGACAAAAAACUGAACAAGGACACUUUUGCUCACAGCUAUAGUGACAGGUUAUGCGAGAUCACCGGUGGUCACACUGACGACCCAACUCUUCUCUUCUCAUCUCAAAAUGACCCGGGCGCUUAUAAAACUUGGCUCUCCUCUGUACCAGAAAAACCAGAUGUGAUUUCCUUUUCAUUGAAGCCCCUUCAUAAAUUGCUGCCGGUCGAGAACCCUAAACAAAAGCAAUUACGCCGAGCCAUUCGUGACUACAUACUGCAGAGGGCCCUUUUGAGGAACUGCUCUACCCCAUGCAAGACCGGAGUCGCAACUAACCCCAAGGAACCUUGCGCGUGCACCUGCCAUAACAAUCCAGCAGUUAGGGCUAACUGCUGCCCCGCACAGCUUGGAUCUGCUCAGGUAACUGUGAUUGCAGUGAGGGCAACAGGUCUAUGGGGCGAUUACUUCUCACAGACUGAUGGGUAUGUCAAGGUCCUCAGAAAUCGCAAGAUCCUUCUUGGUCAAACAGGAAUUAUUUGGAAUAAGAACUGGCCUGUCUGGAAUUGGCCAUUUAAUCUUGGUAACACUGUCCUGUCGAAGUUUGGUGUUCUCACACUAGAGGUAUGGGAUAGGGACAGCGGGUGGGAUGAUGAUCUCCUGGGAACUUGCAACAUUCAGCUUAAAGCUGGCACUAAAACUCAUAUCUGCAGACUCAACCAUGGUUUGCUGUACUAUAAGACCAAAGUAACUUGUGCUCCUGGUUUAAGUGGCUCCUUUUGCUCAAAGUAUAGUGGCGUUCCAAUGUCCUCUAAUCUGGAAAAAAUAUAUGCGUCACGACACGCCCAGCCUCUUCCGAAAGAUGUACUGCUGAAAAUGGGAGUGCUGUUAGAUGAUCGACGCUUUUCGUUCAGGCAGAACCUUUCUGGUUCUGACCCAAUGAAACGCUAGCCUGGCUCCGCCCUCCUACGUGCUUCCGCCUAUUUUUAAUUUCCCUUCAGCAGUACGUCUGGGAUUUCUCUAUAGAGUUUUGUUUUCUCCUGCAAAAAUCUGCAGGACCAAUCAGCGAACAGAUGGGGGUGGCUAAGAACGAUGACGUUGAGGUCGUGCGUCAGUUUGAGUUGUAGUUCAGUAAUGGCAGCGGAGAAAGACGUGAGAAAAGCUAUUCGGUCCGUUGUUGCAAAACUGCCGAAUAUACAGAAGUUAAAGCCGGAGCAAGAACCAGGUUUGCUAACUUUUGUUUGUCUGAUUAUUCUGACUUCUUGUUUCCGGACGGUUUCGGUGCAUGAUAUACGUCACGACCACAUGUUAGCGAUUGGCUUUGGCAGAUCCUGAGUGACUCUGGGCAGAUCCAAUAGUUUUAAACUUCAACAAUGGACCCUCCUUAACGGAAGUAACGCUUUGCUAUGGAGCGUGGCCAGACUCUCUGUACAAAUGAAAUGAAUGUACGAGAUUCUGGUUAUACCAGGCUAAUGAAACGCGGCGAUCUGCCUCCAAUUUUUGAAGUCACACAAAAAAAGCGCAAAAUGUAUGACAAUUUAAAAUAAUGCAUUUUAUUAAUCAAUUAAAAGCAAGCAGAAAGAUUUAAGCAGAAAGAUUACGGUUUUGCAUCAUAGCAUUUUGCUUUUUUAUUAGCAUUACAUUUGUUUGAUUUUGCUUCAUUCAAUAUGUGAAAUCCAGGUUAAAGUCUCAUAAUCUAAUGAGGAAAUUAAGAGCAUUAAAGCUUGAUUUUACUCAUUGACCUAUUUCAGUCAAUAUUAAAGACAUCAAGGUAUAUUUUCACAGAAUGGCCUUUACAUUAUGUAAGAUGAUUUUAUGUAGAAAACAACUAAUAAAUAAAAAAUGCUGGGUUUUCGCAAAUGUU